AUGACCCCGUCCGUCCGUCCGUCUGUCCCUCGCUCCUCGCUGUUUCAGACAUGUGUCUCCUGCAGCCGCCCGGAGGUGGAGCAGAGUUAUUUCGGGGCGUUGGUGUUGGAGUUACAUUCCUGUCUGAUGACGGCGUUCAGCUGCAGCUCAGCCAGAGUCUGGAUCUGCAGGAAACCACAGAGACACGCCGGUCCUGAAACACGCUGUCCCGACACGGCCGAGACAUUUCCUCUGAGGGUUCUCCAGAACCCGUCCGAACAUGAACUCCUGAUGUUUUCUAAAUCACAUCCUGACAGGAACUCCGAGUUCAGAUCUGAGUCUCUGACAGAAACAGAAACAGGUUUUCUUGAACAUGCUGGUCCAGAAACGUGUCAAAGGUCUGAGCGUCCUCACACCGGGUCAAAGACAAACACCUCAGACCCCCCACCACCCUCUGCAUCACUUCCUGGUUAUCUCAGACCGGACUCUUCCUCCAGAAUUCAAACAAUGCAGAGGAGACAGGAGGAUCCCAGCAGCAGGUCUGUCCUUACAUGGACACGGUCAGGGGACAACAGAGACAUGUGA